AUGAAUGACUGUUUAUAUCGUCAGUUGUGCUGUCUGAAUUGGCUGCUGGAGGCGCUGACUCUAGAACGUUCUGGAAGAGUUGGACCUGUUAUUUCCUGUUGGGAUAUCAGGGACCCUGGAACGAGCAGAACCACAAUAAAGAGGCUGAAUAAAGAAAAGGCAAUAGAGGCCAAGUGGGAGCAGUUUAUCGCCCCGCCGAAGACACGGCAUCUCACAUCCAGGCCAUUACAUGUUACUUCAGGGAGAUAUGAGACCUGGAAGACCUCCACUCUCAGUGUGGUUUCCUCCUCAGUAACAGGGUCAUCGGUGGGCAGCUUGUUGUCUUUGGCUCCGGCUCCAGAUCACACCUGUGAUGAGCCUAUUUACACCAAGGGCAUCGAGACUCUGAGUGUGCAAGAAUCCGAUUCUGAUCCUUCAUCCUCAGAAUAUCUCCAGAAGUUUCUCGAAGAAGUGUACCAGAGUGUUCUCAAAACCUGCAGUAAUUCUGAUAAGCAACUCAUGUCUGCUCCAGACAGUGAUAUGUCAGUCAAAGUCCAACCUGAGAGCAAGACACAGCAAAACACAACCGGAGAGAAGACAGAGUCUCAGAGAGUGAAGAGUUCCCCUGCCAGAACCUCUGCCACUACCCAGCUCAUCCACAACAAGGAAGCCAUAUUGGGUGGGAAAAAAGCGUCUUUUGUGGACAAAGCAGAAGAGUUAACACUUAAUUUAACUGAUGCUCUGAAUCACUGUGCCAAGAAGAGAUGGGAUUUUGGGGUCCAGAGAUACCGGGCUCUUUGUAAUAUGCUAUCCCAUGGACGAAUCUGUUCUGCUGUGACCUCCAAAACCUCUGUGGUCUCUCCAGCAGUGCCAGACUCAAACAUCCCAAACAGCACUGAGGAUCCAUACAGCACUCAGUGGCUCUCAGCGUUGCUCAGUAAUCUGGCUCCCAUCAAACACUCAGACAGGAGGGUGGCACGUUUGUUAGAGAAGCUGAGUCGAUUUACAGAAGGCCACACACUGCAGCUUCACCCACACAACUUCUUGAAAAUCUUAAACUCCCUCCAGCCGUGGGAGCUCUGCUGUCCUGAUCUGUGUGUGGCUAUAGAGAUAGUGAGGCUGAAUGUGGUAAAGAUGCCCAAAGCAGAGUACGACUUGUGGUUAUACAACAAAGUCAACCAAUCACAGACCACCAAGAGUGCUACACACAACCUGUAAUCCAUUCUCUCUUUUGCCUUUUUGCAUUUUUUUUUAAAGCUGUCAGGUGAUCUCAGUAAUAUGUCACCCCAAAAACAAGAGUAAAAAUAAGAAAUAUUUUAAUAUAGAAAUAUAAGGUAUGUAAUGUUCCUUUUAGUUAAAUACAAGGUUUUUUUUAUGUAAUUAUUACUUAGUUUAUUCAGUUAAUUUCAACAAUUCAUUGUAUUAUUAAUAAUUUCCUUUUCCUUUUACAAAUUUAAAGUGUACUUUAAAUACUUGUAAAAGUGCUCUCAAUAAUUGUAUUUAUUUAUAAUUGUAUUUACUUACAUUUUAAUUCAAAAAUAAUUGCUAGAGUUUUAUUAUUAAAUAAAUUUAAUUUAAUAAGCAGAUUCUUGGUACUGUAAUGCAGUAAUUAAAAUCACAGUGUCUGGACAAGAAAAUACUAAAGAUAAUACAACAAAUUCUGCCUUGAUGAAUUUUUCUUGGCUUCAGUAAUUACUGUAAUUUACAGUUUGAGAUUUUUGGCUGAAUGUUUGGGAACACAGUCGUUUUAGACAGUUCUGGGAGGCAAUUAUACAGAAAUUCUUUGAUGACAGACUUUGGCUCAGGCUCUGCAGAACGACCAAAACAACAUUUGAGAUGCAGUGCAACAAGAUCCGUCCCCUGGUUAGUCAAGUUAUAUCGUCCCAUCGUGUAAAAUGUCACACAAAUUUUUUCCUUUAUGUGCAUAAAGGAAUUCAUUCAGCAAACACUUUUUUUUCGAAAAUUAGCCAUUCUUCACUAGUUUCUGAUGCGUUACUUCAAAAUGCUCAUAAAAACAGGGUGAUGGAAACAUAACUAAUGUCUUCUUACAAAAUAUUUGGCAUCUCAUUUUACAAUAUUUCAGUGUUGUUGUGCUCAAUUUUCACGUUCUGUCCCUUUCUUGUUAGUUCAAAAGCACAUUUGGUUCAUAUCUCAAGGGGUAUUACAUUUUCUGAGUCAUUCCAGUAAGAGUUAUUUUUACUGCUACUUCUGAACCAAAACUUCCAGUCACCCAUGGCAGACAUCCAUGUGUUUCUUCUAUCAGCUGGCCAAGUUGGCCAAGCAAUAUAAAUUGCUUAGCCAACACAAAUAGCACAAAUCCAUCUCUAGAAAUUCAUCACACUUGGUUAAUGUUGCUCAUUAGUAUCAAAUACACAGUCAUCAUGUUGUGUGAGACCAAAUAUUAUGACUGUUAAAAAAAAAUGUAUAAUAUGUAUUUUGUUUCAUUCUUUCUGCCAUUUAAGACACUAUUUGACAAAUAAACCAUGUUCGAUAAACUCGUCACUCUUAUCAUGUCGUGACCUGUGCGUGUGUGCCCGUUAAAAUCAGCAGGGUUCUAAAUAUAAAGCGGAAUUUCUUAUCCACCAUUAUAAGCUGUCCAGAAGCUCUGGGGUCAAAGUUCACCCAAGGGGUUGAUAGCUAAAGGGAGGGGAGGUGUGCUGUCUUCCAGCCAUUUCUAGAAUGCCUCAGCGUCUGUGUCUGGGCACAUCAUCGCCUCUUUCAGGAUUGUGGGAUUUCUGUGGAUUGCAUUAUACUUUUGCUCCUUACAAUCACAUUAGCUGUUGCAUAAUCUUUGUUGUUCUAAAGGGAUGUAGCAAUUUAGCCACAUUAGUUACAUGUUUCUGCCAGGCACUUAAAGAGAAAUGUUAGAUUUGAGAGGCAUGAGAGGAGACAGAAAGUUGCCCAUUUGGAAUAUUAUUUAUUUAAUGUGUUUCCAAAUGAACCAGGUUGAGCAACAUAAGAGAUAGUGUGUGUGUGUGUGUGUG